AUGUCCAAAGCCACAACAAUCAAGGAAGCGAUCAAACGUUGGGAAGAACGCGAACAGCAAAGCGCCGUGGAGUCCAAAGUAAUUGAAUUGCAAUUUCAGUGGCCACCAAUUGAGAAAAUGGAUAAUACGCUCAGUACGUUGAUUAAUUGUGAACGUCUCAGUUUAUCCACAAAUAUGAUUGAGAAGAUUUUCGGCUUGAAUGGCAUGAAGAAUUUACGUGUGUUGUCUUUGUCGCGAAAUUAUAUUAAAAAUGUAUCGGGUUUGGAGGCUGUCGCCGACACACUGAUUGAAUUAUGGCUUAGUUAUAAUUUAAUUGAAAAGUUAAAGGGACUCUCAGCUUUGAAAGCUUUAAAAGUUUUAUAUAUAAGUAAUAAUUUGAUUAAAGAUUGGAGCGAACUUACACGUCUGCAAGAAUUGGAGACGCUCGAAGAUUUGGUUGUGGUAGGUAAUCCCAUAUCUGAAGGCAUGGAUGAGUCAACGUGGCGCGCUGAGUGUAUAAAACGUUUACCCACUAUACGGAAAUUGGACGGCGAGCCGGUGGUACUGAACGAAGAGCCCACAUUGUGAGCUGCAAAUGAUGCCUAUUCUAAAAGCACCAGCCUGCGAUUGUUCUUUUUUCCAAUCUCUAUUCGUAAGUUAUUAGUAAGAAGUGACAAAAAUUAUAUAAAAAUAUAGAAAAGUGAAAAAGAA